AUGAAAACUGUAGCUUGGGCACUGCUGGUCUCGGCGUUCGUUCUGGAAGCAUCAGCGCUCCUUCUCGCAUCCGACUGCUCGGACGCAUUGGACGCGCCGGCAUGGGGUAUUUUCAUCGACGGGAAGAAUGCUUCUGAAGGCUCGGAGGCCUAUGGAUCAGCUUACACGCAGAACAUGCUGGACACCUUGAAGGUCGUCUAUGAUCUCCAGAGGAAUCGCCAGGAUGAGCCGAUAGGUUUUGUCGAUUUCCAGGUCAUUCAAAAGUCGCUCGGGAUGCCUUUUUUCGACACCUAUGCUGGGCUUUUCGAGAUGGAGAAGUUGCCGGGGAGGGAUUUCCGGAAGGCCUAUUCGUGCAUCAAAUCCUCCGUGCCUGCGGAUGCCCUCGCCGGCAUGUUCUCCACAGACAUGGAAGACCUGUAUGACAGCCGCUGCAUUCCCAGUGGGCAGCCCUGCCGUGCCAUAAAACUCCCUGUCCAAGCCACCAUGAAGAAGCUUUUUCAAAGCUAUCACGAGACCUUGAGCAAAGCCUCAACGACUACGGGCCGUCUCCGUGCUUUGGCCUCCCUCAUGAAAAAUCUGGCGUAUCUGCAUCCGCUUCCAGACCGCAAUGGUCGCAGCCGACUGCUUAUCCUGCAGUUCGAGCUUCGUCGCCUGAAGCUGGCAUGUGGUACCAUGAGCUUCAACAACAACAAUAACGUUUACACCGACUCGGUUGACACACUGGCAGCCAAGAUCCAGGAGGGCAUUGAGAUGUACGCUGCAGCCAUGGCCUCUCAUCAGAAUCCGUGGUUGGACCAAGGCAAUGUGGAGAAGCACCGCGAGAAGUUCCCUCAGCCAUACGAGGCUGAGCUGGCGAGGUGCACACACGGAGCGAUGUCCAAGAAAGUUUUAGCCCAAGGCCUUUCCAUCGAAUGA